AGAAACCGUUUUUAUGCAUGUGAUUAGAUAGGCAUCUAUAGAGGGCGGUACAAUCUGGGCGGCGGUAUUCUAAUUCCCUAUAUCUGCUAAACCGAGACCAAAAUUGUCUUCAGAUAUACAUUUGUGCAUUUGCAACUGACAUCCGACAUGAAGAAUCUUCUCUUGUGCUUCACGCUCUUUAGCGUGUCAUCUUUGACCUUUUCUGCCCUACAAGAUAACCGAUAUUCUCGACCUUAUUCUGGUAACACUUACAACCACGGAGGUAGGAGCUACCAGUCACCCAGAGGUCCUUCAGCUCCAGUAAGACCUUCCCACCCCGGAUCCCCUGCUGCCCCAUUGAGGCCUGCUCACCCAAGUGGUCCAUCCCACCCAAGUGGUCCAUCUCGUCCAAGUGGUCCAUCACACCCAAGACAGCCUGCAGCUCCUGCUUUCAGAGCACCAGCAACUUACGGAGCAGGAAGACCUUACGGUGCACCAUCUCAUUACUCUGCACCCGCACCUGCUGCAUACGGAGCUCCACAUAACUCAUACGGAAGCAAUCUUCCUCGAGGUCCAUCUCACUACGCUGCACCCAGUCACAACGUCUACCAACCUCAACGACCAGUGCGAGCCACCAGCAACUACCAACAAUCUCCACAACAGCAACACUCAUCGUUCCAACAAUCUAGCCAAUCCCAGUCUCAUGGGCGAGAAAUGAAAUAUACCAUUAACGAUCCCCACAACAAAGGAACCACACACGUCACCGAAACCCAUGUUGUGAGCAACCGAGAAAUGCACGGAGCUGAAGCUGAAGCAGCCAUGAAGAAGCUCAUGGGAAACAUGGGAACCGGAUCAUCUUAUGGAAAUGACGGAGGAUUCCACGAUUUCGUCAAGAACAUGGGAUUGCCCUAUUUCUAAACCGACCCAUUAACUUUAUUUAAAGUACCUCGAACAUUCCAACUUAUUUAUUGAACCCAUUAUUUUUAUUUUUUUUCUGCAUUGAAGCGGUGCAAAUUCAGUUGUUAUAUAUACUUUUUAUUUAUGCCUUCUAGAGUGACUGCCAGGAACAAUGUUUGUUUUAUCUGUUAUUGUUAUUUUAAUAUUGUUUGGAUUAUUUAAUAUCAUUGAUAUGUAUCUAAAAGAUGAAUUGCAGGAUGAAAAAGGAAA